AUGGCCACGUCAAUCACGAUCCCUUUCUGGCCGCAGUCGCUGGACUGCCUAGACUGGUCCAAGGACAACCAGAUCGUGGUCGUCGGUGGCGAGACCAUCGCAAUUGUCACGCCACGAUUGAAGGAACCUGGGCCGAAAGGCGAAUGGUGGAAUACCGCCAUUGUCAGAGUCCAUGGCUUCACCCUGCACGAAUUGCCCUUCACGGAGCCACUCAGCAAUGCUGGCAUGGCUAUUGGAGAAGACCUCUCCACUCGACAAGCUAUCGCAGCGAAAUGGUCAGCCCCGGGCCUGGGUCGUCACAGGAGAUGCGCGUUAGCGGUGCUCACUGCUAAUCACGUUCUGUCCAUCUGGACUGCAGACAAGGAGAGCGAUACCAAUGAUAGCUGGAGUCGAAAAGUCCUCGUUAACGACACUAUUCGCGACUACUACAGGCGCCACGAGGCAGAAGACAAUGCCCGAAAUGAAGACGCACGACAGAAGGCAGAAAAGCGACAGAUCCAACAACGAAUUCGGUCCUUUGGUUGGAGUCCGCCUCUGCGCAAGGAGACGGAUACCGACAAGCUCAGCGAAUACGUUGACUGGGGACAGCACUUCUUGGCCGUAGCCACGGAAGGUGGCGACAUCUUCGUACUUCGAGUCCAGUCGCCACACGAGGGACUGGAUAGAGAACAGCCUGAAUGGCGAGUUGAAGUUGCACUGACAUUCAGUGUCAAAGAUGCAGUAGGUCCUGCCGGCGUUUCAGACUCUGCUGCAGAAGCCUCGCUGGAUGCUGAGCAAGCUCCUAUCAUCGCUGACCACAUGUCUUGGGGAACGUGGAGAUGGCAGUCGGCAACAACGAGUGGUGGAAUUGCAUGCUCAGCGCUGGCAUACAUCACUGCUGGCAGGCUCUUCACCGCCAGUCUGCAAGCCUCGAACAUUUCCAGGACGGCCGAGAUCAAGACCAGAGCUGAGUCCAGAACGCGACACUAUCUUACAGAACGAGCGGAUCUGUCCGGACCGCUGCGCACCAUACCAGGCCGGGAGUAUGAUCACCUUCUCCUGUUUGGCAUCGACACUGUGUUUCAUGUGGAUCUGGACCCUGCGGAUCGAGACGAUACGGUCUCUCUACAUCAUCUCGAUGGACGCUGGGACGAAGUGUCCGGCGUUGCUAUCACGAACGCAGGGGAUGGCAGAAAUCACCUUCACGUCGUCUCAAACCUGACCAGCUCGACAGCCGAUACCCCAAUGUUCGAGCUGCCACUAAACCAUUCUGAGGUGCUUUCACUGUUGCCCGCUUGGCAAGAAAUUCUGAAUGAGUCUCGCGAGGUCUACAGCACUGAACACGAAUUACAAGGAAAUGUGCAAGAACGCACCUAUGGCAUCGCCGCUUCACCUCUCGGCCAGUACGUGGCCACCUGCUUUACGCUGCACACAUCCGACGGCUUGGAGUACGUUAUCGCCACAAACCAAAAGAGUACCCUGUCGAUUACGUACGAAAGCCGGCUGGAUGAAGGAGCUUUGAUGGCAACUCCCCGAGCCACAGCGCUGUUAGACCCCGUAUCCGUCGAAACCUUGCUGUUUGACAUGCAAAGCCAAUAUCGAAAAAUUGUGGGCGAAGAGGAGCCGGACGAUGACAGUCGCGAGGUCAUCGUAGCAGAUAUACUCCGCAAUAUGCCACGUGCUCCCAAUAUCGCAGGAUAUCCAGAUGCGAACGACAGAAGUGCGUUGUCUUUUGAUGGUCUCACUCACUUGCUUCGAAUUAUGCUAUUCGCUCAUCCUCGAAUGCGCGAACAGAGAGCUUCGCGACUGGCGGACUUUGUGGUACGCAAGAACACAUCACGACAUAGCAUGGCGCGCCCCGUCGUUCAACAGGUUGUGGAAGAAGUCGCAAAGCUUCCGACGGAAUUGGUCCGGAUGGAUGCGCUCAGUAGUCGAAUCAUGAACAUUCAUGCGACAAUCCGAGCCAAGCUGAUGGCCCAGCCUACGGCGGCCACUACAGCGUCGACCGAUACAGUGAUAUCAGAGGAUUGCCAGAUAUGCCAGCAGCCGAUACCCUUCGAAAGCUUGAGGUGGUCCAAAUGUAGCACUGGACACGAAUUCGCUCGCUGCGCGUUGUCUUUCCUGUCCAUACAGGAGCCGGGAAUAACCAAAUCAUGCGGAAUCUGCGACCUGCAGAUCUUAAAAGAUUCCACUGUGGCCGAUGUCACGUCUGCAGCAGAAGACAUCGAGAUGACGGACGUGCCAGCUCCAGAAGGCGAUGAAGAGAUUCCGGCCGAUGACACGUGGGUCGAGAUCUCACACAACCAGGAUAACAAGGACCUACGGCCGAAGAUGACACUAGCGCAACUACUCUUCAACGCAUGCGACGUGUGCAUAUAUUGUGGCGGCAAGUUCAGCUAG